AUGAGGGCAUUCACGGCAGCUCUGCUUUCCAUCCUUUCAAUCACGCUGCAAUAUUCCUGUGCUGUGAGCCCCAUAAACUGCAGUGCUACUGAGCCCCUGGCUGGGAAAACUCUAGACCUGGUCAAUAAAGGACGUUCGAAUGGCUACCUUUUUCAGUUGCUGCGGGUUGCUGAUGCCCACUUGGACAAAGCGGGAUCCACAGAUGUCUAUUAUUUAGUCUUAGAUGUGAAAGAAUCUGACUGUCCAGUCCUGUCCAGGAAACACUGGGAUGACUGUGAGCCACCUUCUAGACGUCCAUCUGAAAUAGUGAUUGGACAAUGUAAGGUAAUAGCUACAACACAUUUGAGUGAAUUUCAGGAUCUUAAAGUGAGUGACUUCAACUGCACCACAAGCUCUGUUUCUUCUGCACUGGUCAAUACUAAAGACAGCCCUGUACUCUUCGAUUUCUUUGAGGAUACUGAGCCUUACAGAAAAGAAGCAGAGAAAGUCCUUGAGAAGUACAAAAAGGAGAAUGAUGACUUUGCCUCUUUCAGAGUGGACCGGGUGGAAAGAGUUACGAGAGUGAGAGGAGGGAAAAGAACCAAUUACUAUGUGGAUUUCUCUGUGAGGAACUGCUCCAGUCACCAUUUUCACAGGCACCAUAAUGUCUUUGGAUUCUGCAGAUCAACUUUGUCCUAUGGUGUAGGAACCUCUGACAUGGAAACUCCAAAAGACGUUGACAUAGACUGUGAAGUCUUCAACCUUAAGGAACAUAGAAACAUCAGUGAUGUACAUCCCCAUCUGGGCCAUCCCCUCAACUCUGGUGAGCAUGGGCAUUCCUCUGCUGGCAAGCCUCCAUUGAAGCACAGUGGAUCCAGAGAUUACCACCAUCCCCACAAAUCACAUAAAUUUAGAUGCCCACCUCCUCUAGAAGACACAAAUCGCUCAGACAGACCACCACAUCAAGCAGGAGCUCCUUCAAGGUAUCAUCACCUCUGUUUUGGCACGAAUAGAACACACGCACCCUCUCAUAAUAACAGUUCCAGUGAGCACCAUCCUCAUGGACACCAUCCUCAUGAGCAUCAUCCCCAUGGACACCAUCCUCAUGAGCAUCAUCCCCAUGGACACCAUCCCCAUGGACAUCAUCCUCAUGGACACCAUCCCUAUGACCAUGAUUUUCAUGACCAUGGACCCUGUGACCCACCACCCCAUAGUAAAGGUGUCCAAGAUCACCAUCACUGGGGCCAUGGCCCACAACCUAGGCACUCAGGAGAAAGAGGUCCAGGUAAAGGACACUUUCCCUUCAAAUGGAGACAAAUUGGAUAUGUUUACAGACUCCCUCCAUUAAAUAAAGGUGAAGUUCUUCCUCUUCCUGAAGCCAAUUUUCCCAGCUUCUCAUUGCCAGAAAUUCAGCCCUUCCCUCAAUCAGCCUCUGAAUUAUGUCCAGGGAUGUUCAAGAGUGAGUUUCCACAACUCUCAAACUUUUUUUUGCAUAUACAUUUCCAAAAGAAAACCUGA